AAGUCGCCUACAAAAUGUACAUUAAAAAUAUUCCAAUCUUUUCCAAUAUUAUCUUAUUAGUCUCAUUAUUCUACAGGAUCAAGGGCGACUUUGGCGUUAUUAAAGAACAAAGCCAAAUUGCAUCAAGACCUCAGCUCGAAAACAAUUUUAACAGAACUCCGAGUGAGCCCGCAAUUACAACCGCUAUUACAGAGGACGAUGAAAAAUUUGACGAUAAUGAACUCAAGAAACUUUUUGUGCAAAAUUUUAAAUCAUAUGAAAAUUUGGAGAAGGAAAGAAACGGGAAUGGCACCCACGGGACUGUGCGAAAUACAAGGGACGUAGCGAAUAAUACUUCUAAGGUCGGGAUAGAAUGCCUCUCGUGCUUUGCAAAUGGGACCUCGUCGGCUGAUACUAACUGUUAUAAGGGGGUAUCUUCAACAGUUAAGUGUUCAGAUGCUGAACAAUGUUUCGUUGAACUCCAUCCCCAAUACUUACGCCGUGGUUGUAUCUUACCAACGAGGGUCAACAGGACAUAUUACUGCAAAUGCCCGCUGUGCAACGACAAGCCAUCAUACGAUGUCAGUUACUACAAUUACAAUUCGAUCAACGACUGGACUUUUGACAACUUCUUAUUGCAAAAACCAUUGGCCGGCUUAGAUCUUAUGUGCAAAGUUUGCGAUACAUCUGGAACUAAUCAAGUUUAUGAUAAGAAUUGCAGACAAGGGAGAGGUGCCGAUUAUAUGGUUUGCGGCCAUAAUCAAUUAUGUUACAUUAAUAUUGAUGACGAAGUCGACCAUGUAUCCAGAGGCUGCAAGUCAAAGCCAGUUUAUAAUACGAUGUAUUUUUUCUGCAACCGAAGUGGAUGCAAUAACGCUGAGCACUUGAAUCCGAAAUUGGCAUUUCGAGCACUGCCUACAUUGAUGAAUGAGAAAAAAAUUAAACGCGCUAGAAGUAGCGUGGGAAAAAUCCACCUUCAUCGUAUUAAUUAUUUCAUCUGGAUAUGCAUCCUUUUUAUUUCAAAAUAUUAACUCGUUCUGUAAUCUAUGAAUUCUGACAGAAAAUUUAUGACGUUUGACAUGAUAGCAUGGUGUCUGAUUUGCAAAUG